AUGCACGGCAUGAACGACGAGGAACAGCUUGAACAAAGCCAUCAGGAUUGCCUCGUUCGGGCCCAUGCAGUUUUGGUGGAAUGCCAAGAGUUCAUGCGGAGCUUCGAAGACGGCAAGUGGAUGGUCAAGGCCUUGAAGAAAGACAAGCACGCAGAAACAUUUCAAGUUCUGCACGAAAGCUUAACCUACAUCUUCCAGAAUCUCCAUCUAGAGAUCGACUACCACUCCCUCAAGAAACAAAGCGCUCAAGCUGAAAUGAGGGACGUCGCGCAUGUGGAGGAUCAACUGGCUUCUGUAGCGGCCAACAUGGAGGUGCUAGUGUUCUUGAGAAUGCCAGAGAAAACAAUCUCUUGGAAGGCGACAGUGAAACUUCCACGGGGCCUGGGACACCCCCCCCACACCCGCAUGGUGCCAAAGGGGAGCAUGGACAAGAAGAGAAGAACGAAGGAUGCCACCGGUGCCAUCCACCCUCAAGCAAGGCUCACACCUGGGCGGCCACCGAAGCCCGGCGUGAACGCUACAGCGGUCCAAUCUGUCGCAAGCAAAGCUGUCAAUGGAAGGGCUCUAGGGCCUUCCCUCCACAUUAAGCCCUAUAGUCAGAGCUAUGGGGUAGGGCUAGCCGCAGGUGUGAUGGCAGGUGGCUGGCUAGCGGAUGCAGGUUUAGCGAGCGGGGCAAGCGCCGGAGAUGGCGGGGCCAAGCGCGGCGAAUAUGAGGUCUCGUUCGGGGAGGGGCCGAUGGGGAUGUCCCUGAAAAACGUCGAUGCCCGUGCUGAGGUAUCGAAGACAGAACAAGGGGGGGCUGCUGCUGCCGCUGGUGUGCGCCCCGGAGACAACGUUUCCGGCAUAAAUGGAAGGAUUCCGUUGGGUUAUACGCAAGUCAUGGGUACUUUGCCUACCACGCCGCGCCCUGUUCGAAUCUGCUUCACUCGGGGCCAAGGUUCAACAAUAAGUCCCGGAGGACCUGGGAAGAAAUCACACGCAUCGACCUGGGCUUCUAACGCUGUAACUGCUGGGGUCCACCAUCCGGCGGGAGACAAAGGGGUUCUUCUGGAGAUAUACGCGCAGGCCUCCUUGUCAUCAACAACCUGGGUGCGAAGCCAGGGGUGGGACGAACUUCCUCCGCCAGAGACAGAAGAUUGUGCACAGGCGGAGGGUACAACCAAAGAAAACCGUUCAGGAAGUGACAUUGGGUUGGAACGCUGGUCUGGUGUGCGCAUCGGGAGAAAAAACAAGGUUGUAGAAAUCCGCCUUCCGGGAAACGGGAUGGUGGGCGUGCUUCCGGCAAGCACAGGUUCUUUGGAUGAGCUCAGAAUCCUCGAGCUCCGUGAAAACAGGCUUGAAGGGAAUAUUCCGGAGAGUUUACGAUACCUUCAAAAGCUGACGAAGGUCGACCUCGCACACAACCUCCUGGAAGGGUCGGUCCCAGGGGGCGAUGCCCGCUGGAUAGGCAGUAUGUCCGUUCUUUUACUGCAGUACAACAAGCUGUCAGGUCAUAUUCCGAGCACGCUGGGGCGCCUUGUUAACCUGACGCAGCUUGACCUGAGUUUUAACCAACUUUCCGGCAACAUCCCAUCCGAGCUCUCCAAUGCGCGGGCCCUGGAGGUGUUAUCAUUGUGCAACAACGUGCUAAUUGGACCAGUGCCAGAGUCGUUUGGAGGUUUGACGAACCUGAAAGUCCUCAAUGCUUCAAACAAUAAACUCGCAGGCCCACUUCCGCAAGGAUUAGGACGACUGACGCGCCUCGAGGUGCUGUCACUGCAGCACAACCUAUUGAACGGGAGCAUUCCAGACGACACACUCUCCAGUGAUUCCCUUGUCUUCGUAGACGUGUCCUUCAACGCCCUUGAGGGGAAGAUCCCGAACAGCGUUGGCGCUUGCUCGACAAAUCUCACCUACUUGGACAUGAGUAGGAAUUCUCUGUCGGGCGAACUUCCUUCGAACAUUGGAGGUGCUUGCAAGCUGAAGAAGCUGAACCUAGAGAAAAACUCGAUCGGAGGGGCUCUGCCGACGUCAUUGGCAGAAUGCAAGGCUCUUGAGGACUUGAACAUCUCCAACAAUCAACUGAUGGGUCCCCUUGUGCACAUUCCCUGGGCAAACCUGGAGAAUCUCGAGCACCUUCUCCUGGGAAAUAAUAAGUUGGAGGGGACCCUUCCCGCCUCUUUUGGCAGCCUCAAGGCACUAGUGUCAUUGGACUGCAGUAAGAAUCAGCUUGCAGGCAACAUACCACGAGAAUAUCACAACCUUCAAAGCUUGAAGCUGUUGGAUCUCUCGGGCAACAAGAUAGCUGCUGGCUUGCUGCAACGCGGUAGCUCCUUCAGGGAUAAGAGGACCUUGAAGAAAAAACUGAGCGAAUGCGAUGUGCGCUUCUGA